UCCGUGAGGCAUGACGAGUUCACAGGGAGGUGUUGUCUUAUGAGCUUUGCCAAGUCAUCAUGAUCUGUAGUUCUGUGGAAAAGAAGUCUCAUGAAAACAUGAAGCGAGCACGUACACGUGUCAUGUAAUGUAGUGACAGUCCGUGAAGACGUUGGAGUACGAACUUGCAUGAUUCAUCAGGAAAGUCAGACUAAGGAAAUGUUGCUAUCCAAGUUUAAUGAGUCGACUAAGCGGGCACGGCGCGUGCGCGCUCCCACCAACCUGGUGUAUGUGGUGAUGGCCAUAUUAGUGGUGGGAGUACUGGUCACUCUGGUCAAUAUCUAUGAGAUGAGGAAGAUACAGGAGAUCCACAGUGGACGCUAUACUGCGGACAUCGCGGUUGUGGAGGGUGUGUCCGGGAAGGGCGUAUCAGGGGUGAGGCAACCUGUUGUCUGGGUUAGUGGGAACAAGCUGAACUCUGGUUACCUCCAGCAUGUGUACAAUGUGUUUGAGAGACUCGGCUAUGUGAUUCGUCGCGGAAGGUCUGCGUCUGACUGGGACGUGCUCUGGUCACAUGAUUAUCCCUUCACCAAGCUGGCCUCACGUCUCAACAAUUUGCGAGCUCAUCAGAAGGUGAACCAUUUCCCUGGCUCAGGUUUCAUCACUAUGAAGGCGAGCUUAGCCGUGUCCCAAAUAGACUUCAUCCCUACAGCAUUCAAGAUGCCUUCAGAUAAAAACAAGCUGCUAACAUAUAUAAAGAAGCACCCCGACAAAAUGUGGGUUCAGAAAAGCAAUAAUCAUAGAGGAAUUCGCAUCAAGACCACCAAAGAACUAGACCUUGAGGCUACAGACACCUUUGUGCAGGAAUAUGUGUCUAAGCCUUUCCUUAUUGAUGGCAGGAAGUUUGACAUAGGUAUCUAUACCAUCAUGACAUCGCUAAACCCUCUUAGGGUCUAUAUCGUUGAUGGAGAUGCUCUCUUCAGGUUUUGUCCACAUGACUACUACCCAUUUGACCCGAAAGAUGUGGAUAAGUACGUGGUGGGCGAUGAUUACACUCCCAUGUGGCAGAUGCCGUCAUUGAAAAAGUUCUUUGAUGAAAGAAACUUCAGGUUUAAGGAAUCUUUCAAUGCUUAUCUUCGCUCCCAAGGCAAAGAUGUGGACAAGCUGUGGAGUGACCUGAAGAGCUGUAUUCGUCAAGUCUACCUGGAGAAGGAGCAACUGAUGGCGAACUCCAUGAAGUCAAAAUUUAGGUCAAGCAGAUAUUUCUUUGAAAUGGUGAGGUUUGACUUUGUGUUGGAUGAAGAGCUGAAUGUGUACUUGAUGGAGGUGAACAUGUCGCCAAACUUGUCCUCGGGUCAUUUUCCUCCAAACAGGAUCCUGUACGAGCAUGUGAUAUACAACAUGUUAGGUCUGGUGGGCAUUGGCAGGAAAACCACCAGUAAUCUGGACCAGAGUUCUGACAAUGAGGCUGACAUGCUGGCAGCUGACAAGGACAUCAUGACAUUCCCUGAGCUCUGUGCAGGUGACAAGUGUGAGCAGUGUAACAGUGAGGUGUGCAAGCUGUGUAGCCACUGUAUGGGGGAAGAGGAGCGCCUAACCCUGAAGGAUGCCUAUCUGGAGCACCUGAAUAGAGGAAGUUGUGAGCGCGUCUUCCCAGAACCCAUGAGUCAGGCUGAGGCGCUUAAGUGGCACAAAUCCUGGCUUAACGAGCACAUGACCAAGUUGAGUCCGCGGAAUAGACUGAUGGUCAUGUGGUUUAUAGGCAAGUGUCAGGCUGAUGUUAAGUGGUGCUCUUGAGGGGACGAGGAUGUCCAGAUCAACACCAUGUCAUGUGUUCUCUCGUGGAUGACUUUGGAGGUAUACUCAGGUGAUACAAAUAGCUCUCCAGUACGUGCCACAUACAGGAAAUAUUCUGUGGUCAAUGACAUGGGAAAGCAAAAUGAGGGGAUACAAAUAGCUGUCCAAUAUGUGCCACAUGACCAGUAUUGUUGUGGAUACCAAGAAAGCAUAAUGGAAAGGGUACAUACAACCCCCUAGUAAGUGCCACAUGUACAUGUAACAUAAUGUGUGGUCAUUGAUCUGAAGAAGCUUACAUGUAUUAAGGCGAUACAUGCAACCAUCCACUAAGUGUCACAUACAUGUAUACAUGUAAGAAUUACUGUGUGGUUGUUGAUCUGAAGAAGCUUACAUGUAUUAAGGUGAUACAUGCAACCGUCCACUAAGUGUCACAUACAUGUAUACAUGUUAGAAUUACUGUGUGGUUGUUGAUCUGAAGAAGCUUACUGUAUUAAGGCGAUACAUGCAACCGUCCACUAAGUGUCACAUACAUAUAUACAUGUUAGAAUUACUGUGUGGUUGUUGAUCUGAAGUAGCAUGUAUUAAAGGUAUGCAUACAACCCUUACAUACAUGAAAGUAUUGUGUGUAGUCUGAACUUUCACUGAGAGUUAAGACACCGCAGGCGUAUUGUAUCUACCUGUGAUUUUGGAUCUGUCAUAUUCAACUGAAGCGUAUGAAUAGGAUUUUCCUCAGCAUCAUCAGCGUCAGCUAUUGCCUGAAAUAUGAAAGAUAUGUCCAGUAAUUCACAGUGCCUCGUUUAAAUGCAUACAAACAACAUUCCUACAUGUAGGUUGUUGUGAUUUAUUUCCAAUUGCAUAUUAAAGACACCUAAAUAGUUUCUGAGAGAGACAUAACAUGAUUAUAUGUUUUCAUAUAUUUUGUGUAAGAAUUAUAUUUUUUACAUACUUAAAGACAUUCUCUUUGAAAGUGGGAAAGACCAAUGGUACUGCUUAUGUGUUAUAGAUUAUGACAAAACAACUAUGGAAGCUCACUUCAGAGAUUUACAGUAUCAUGAUUGUGUGUGAAAGUAUGAAAAGUUAACAUCCCUGUUUCUUUUUUAUAUUUUGUGUUCAUCAUUUGCCAACUUUUUGAAACAUUUUUAAUACAGUUGUACAUGGAUAUCUUUAUGGUAGAAAUUACUUCAGUGGCUUUAGCCAUAAACCUGUUUCCCUGAUUGUGUGAUUUACAUUUUGUACACAGAAGUAUUUAUUGAAGAAAC